AUGAUUCACGAAACAAGCAUUCUCCCUGGUGUUGGCAUUGGAAACAACAUCAAGCUAGGCUCGACGUUGUACGACGUUAUUAAUGAAUUAAACAAAUACAACUACAAAUAUCAAGUGAUUUACUCAGAAACCAAGUAUUAUGAGUCACCCAUAUUAGUACAAAUUGUUGAUUUAGACAUUCGACUUACUUUCCAAAACAGAAUGGAGCAAGUGUUGUGCUUGAUUGAGUUUUUGCACUUGGAUGGAAAUAAUAAUGGUGGACCGUUGCGACUAAUGUACAAGAAUCAAAGUUUGAAUGAGUUUGAGCAAGUUUUCAGUGAGGGAAAAUCUAAUGGGAGUGUGAAUGGCAGUGGCAAUAACAAGGAUUUUGAUGUAGUCGAUGAGCCAAGGGGACUGCCUUUGACAAUUGAAGAAAUAGUCAAAUCAAACUUAUCUAAUGGCAGUCAGCAUGUGAAUGGAUCCUUUGACAAUGGAGCUCGAACUAAACUCGUUUCAAGUGGACCUUCAUUUCAACUUAUUUACAACAAGCUAUUUGGACCGACAUAUCCAGGGGUGUUUAAUAAAACAAACAAGUCAUAUAUUCUUUCCUAUCCCGGGAUUGCAUUCAAGUACAAGAUAGUCAAUGAAGAGCUAUGCCAUAGAUUGAACGAAGAAUCAAGUGAGCUAAUGUUGGACACAUUGAUCAACUGGGACGAUAACCCAAACGAUAUAGUGUGCAAUUCGAUUGCAAUAUUCAGAGGAAAGACUUGGAAAGAGUAUCGAGCCAAUAAGAGUGAUCAAGUACCUAUAUCUCAAAAUUGUUGCUCAAAGUUUGCAGUUGAUCUUGAUACUGGAGUCAUUAAGGUGAGUGAUAAGGGCACUAUUGAAAUUGGCAAAUCAACGCAACAAGAUGUCAUUGACAUACUUGGUCCGCCAGAUGACAGGUUUAACAAGCAUGACUCGCGUUUGUUAAUACACAAUUACCUCAGUGAUGACAGCUUAGAAGAAGAAGGACAAAAAGGUGGUGGUGGUGCUGACGAUGGUGGUAAUGGUGACGGACAAGCCAGAAAGGAUUUCAAGAAUUGCAAGUUUCACAACUACUAUAAGCUUGGAGUUGAUAUAUUGUACGAUUUGCAAAAACCACUACAGUGCGGGACAUCAGGAAGUGGUGCAUUAUACAGUGUGGUGAAUAAAGUGGUUCUCCACAAUGGAGGUAUUGUUGAAGAUCUCAGUUUUAUGAAGUGGAACCGAUGCAAUUGGACUAUCAAGUCUAGUCGAUUUGAAGACCCAAUAAAUUCAACAAUGUAUUUUGAUAAUCUUCCUGCUGGGUUUAAGAGUUUGACACCCGUGUUUCUAAACCGGUAUGAGUCGGAGUUUAUUGAUAAUGAUUUGGAUGUGAUUGAUAUACCGUAUAUGGAUACAGACAAUGAUUCAAAGAAGCAAAAGCAGAAGAGUUUGGUGCAUCAUAAGAGAAACAGUGCAAAGUUGAAGAGAUGGGGUCAGUCCAAAUUGUAUGGGUUGCAAGGGUGUAUUGUCGAAGUGCUCAAUUCCAAUGGCUGUAUAAGCAGUAUAACCAUAUAUUAG